CAACCAGCUGUCAUAACAUAACUAAUUCUGUGAAAAUAACGUAAAUUAUUAUGUUUCUACUUUGAUACACAGUAAUACAUAACAUUUGUUCCAAUCAACAGUUGGAUUUAAUUCUGUAAAUUACGUUACACAUUGAAUUGGUUUCCGUGAAAGUUAUUACUAUAAAAAACUUCUUAUCAAAUCAAAGUCGUAGCUGAAGAGAAAUGGCAGCAUCAUGGUCGAUGGGUCCGGGCACUUUGGAAGUGCCCAUGUCAUUAUUUGCUAAGAACAGGACAAGAUUGGUAGAAAAAUUGAAACCGGGACAAGUGGUAGUACUGCAGGGAGGGGAGAGUAUUCCCCAUUAUGAUACCGACAUCGAAUAUGUGUUUAGACAGGAAGCUUACUUCACAUGGCUAUGCGGAGUUCGCGAGGAAGGCUGCUUCUUUGCCCUUGAUGUUGGCACAUCCAAGUCCUACCUGUUUAUCCCGCGACUACCCAAGGAGUAUGAGGUGUGGAUGGGCAAACUCCACACUUGCGAGGACUUCAAGCGGAUGUAUGCUGUGGAUGAAGUUCAUUAUGUAGAUGAGAUACAAACAAUUCUCAAAGGAUUGAAUCCUGAUGUUCUACUGACACUGAGUGGUCCAAACACGGAUAGUGGCUUGACUGCAAAAGAAGCUGUGUUUGAAGGAAUUGAUGAGUUCAAAGUGGAUAAUGAAAUACUAUUUCCAGUCAUUGCCGAGUUACGAGUCAUCAAAACACCAGAAGAAAUAGAAGUUAUGCGUUACGUCGUCAAAGUUUCUUCUGAUGCACAUAAACAGGUGAUGCUCUUCGCGAAACCCGGCCUCAUGGAGUAUCAGUGCGAGUCUAUUUUCCUCGACCACUGCUACCGCGUCGGCGGUUGCCGGCAUGUGUCCUACACGUGCAUAUGCGGCUCCGGACACAACGCGGCGACACUGCACUACGGACAUGCGGGCGCACCGAAUAGCAAGCUGAUCCAACCUGGCGACAUGUGUCUGUUCGAUAUGGGAGGCAACUACGCGGGUUACGCGGCCGACAUCACGUGCAGCUUCCCCGCCAACGGCAAGUUCACGCCCGACCAGAAGCUCAUCUACGAGGCCGUGCUGUUCGCUAGAGACGCUGUUAUAGAAGCCGCCCGCCCGGGAGUGAUGUGGCCCGACAUGCACCUGGUCGCCAACAGGGCCAUGCUGGAGCAUUUGAAGAAGGGCGGCCUGCUCAAGGGAGACGUAGAGGAGAUGAUUAAGGCGGGAGUGAACGGCGUGCUGCAGCCGCACGGGCUGGGGCACCUGCUGGGGCUGGACGUGCACGACGUCGGCGGCUACCUGCCCGCCUGCCCGCCGCGGCCCGCCGGCCCGCUCGCGCGCCUGCGCACCGCGCGCCGCCUGCAGCCCGCCAUGCUGCUCACUGUCGAGCCGGGCUGCUACUUCAUCCCGCCGCUACUCAACGCAGCUAAGAACAACCCAGAACAGUCCAAAUUCUUCAACUGGGAGGUGGUGGACCGUUUCUCAGGGUUCGGUGGCGUUCGCAUCGAGGACGACGUACUCAUCACUGAGACUGGCGUGGAAAACUUUACUUUCGUGCCCAGGACUGUGGCUGAAAUAGAAGACUUCAUGGCGAAUGGUGCAAACUUCAAGUGAAGCAAGCAUGUAUACUUCACACAUUGUAUGAUAUUGUAAUUAUGUAGAUAUAUCUAUAUAAGCGAAUUAUGUCUUAAAUAUUCUUUUUUUUAGAAUUAUGUUGUAAUUUUGUACGCCAAUCAUUCAAUAUAACUUUUUGAUAAAUUAUUUAUUUGUGCAA